GAGAGAGAGAGAGAGAGAGCACCCGUCUGCGCAGGAGCUGCAACUGUGCGCGCUUUUUCUCCACAGGAUAGUUUUCUUAUCUUUGUGAAAUUAAUAAGGACUCUGGGGAUAAAGCGCCCUCUUGGACAACUUGGAGCGCACGGGCAGGUGGAGGCGCGCGCAGGGCGCAGCGCACGAGCGACGCACAACAGCCCGCGGACCGCAACACCUGCUCCGACGGAAAGCCCUUCACCCGUCGACGCUCCUCUUCCCUGACGCAGAUAAGUGGAUUCCCCCCGCAACUAGUUUGCUUUAACCGCGUGGCGCCGUGGAGCCGAUGGACGCACGGCUCACCUGGAGAACAGCCACACACUCACGACCCCCACCAGCGCGCCGUUGACUCCUCGUAGGGAUGCCUCGCUGAAACCAAGCCCGCUCUCGUCCGGGACAGAAAGCCCAGCUGCGAGGAUGCCCGGGGCACUCCUGUCGGCCCAGUCGCUCUACAUAGGGAUGGAGGUGGUGAUCGCGGUGGCGUCUGUGAUCGGGAAUGUGAUGGUGGUGUGGGCGGUGAAGAUCAAUAGGUCGCUGCGAGACAACACGUUUUGUUUCAUCGUCUCGCUGGCUCUGGCGGACAUCGCGGUGGGAGCCCUCGUCAUCCCCCUGGCCAUCACCAUCAGCAUCGGACUUCAAACUCACUUUUACAGCUGCCUGCUCGUGGCGUGCACGGUGCUGGUGCUGACGCAAAGUUCAAUCCUCGCCCUCCUGGCUAUCGCCAUUGACCGCUAUCUCAGGGUCAAGAUCCCGACCAGGUACAAGCGGGUAGUGACCCCUCGGCGAGCAGGGCUGGCAGUGGUGAUAUGCUGGACGGUGGCUUUCAUCGUGGGCCUCACACCCAUGUUAGGAUGGAACAACCUGAGGCGCCUCCAGCAGAGCGACUCCAACAGCUCUAACCUCAUUAUCACCUGUCAGUUUGAAAAUGUCAUCAGCAUGGAAUACAUGGUGUAUUUUAACUUCUUUGGCUGGGUGCUGCCGCCCUUGCUCCUCAUGCUUGUAAUCUACGCAGAGAUCUUCUACGUGAUCCACAAGCAACUCAACAACAAGAAGUUCACCACCAGUCACACUGACCCCAACAAGUACUAUGACAAGGAGCUAAAUCUCGCUAAAUCGCUGGCUCUGGUGCUUUUUCUCUUUGCCAUCAGCUGGCUCCCCCUCCACAUCAUCAACUGCAUCACGCUCUUCUGCCCUGACUGCAAUAAGCCCAUAGUCCUCCUCUAUAUCGCCAUCCUGCUCACCCACGGCAACUCCGCUGUCAACCCAAUCGUCUACGCUUUCCGCAUCAAGAAGUUCCGCACGGCCUUCCGGAAAAUCUGGCAUCAAUACUUCUGCUGCAAGGACACACCGGCUCUAGAGAUUCAGCCUAGCGACAGGAAAGAGAUGCCCAAUCCAGAGCCACAGCAGGCGACACCAAUGCAGCCCACUCAGAAGGAAACGCCUAAAUCUGAAUCACCACAUCAGCAGCAGUCUCCACCUGAGCGGCAGAACCAGUGGACCGAACCGCAGCAGCAGCCUAAAGAACAUCCGCCCUUACUAGAGCAGAACUCAGUCUAAGACAAGGGGUGGAAAUGAUUACUGGCUGAGAAAGUUAAGAUCAGUACGCAGGCACUGGCUCACUCCUCAUUUGAAUGAAGUCUAGUGAGGAGUCUUAAGGGCUUCGGUGCUGUAGUGACUGAAGCGACCUGGAUGAUAAAUACAGGAAGAUUAUUUAUCUGUAACUCAGGAGGAGUGGAUUUACUGAAAGUUAGGACGGGAAAGAAAAGACAGGCAAAAAGGGUAUCUGUAAACCUUGCAAUAAUGGAAGUUACAUAGGUAGUGACAGUAACAGCCUGAAGAUAUUAAGCUUUAAUGGUUUUGUUCAUUAUGGUGAAACAAGUGGUGUGAACUUUACAAAAUUAGCAAUUUAAGUUAUUGUGGUUGGUCAGUAUCAGACUAUCAAAUGUUAAAACUUUCUACAAAAUGAACAUUUAUAUGUUCAAUGGAGCAGGUUCAUCUUACUACUGUCAAAUUGUGUGUUUGUUUAAACUGACUGUGGCUGAAGAAUAUGAAUGUUAUGAUAAUGUAAAUAAGGGAAAAAGGCAGCACAUCUGUGAAUGCUGAUCACUUCUUCAGGUUCUUAGUAGCACAACUGUGGCAGAGCAGGUAGCAAUAUGGGAUGGGUUUUUUCCAGCAAGGUGGUGUGCAUGUGCUUGAUAGAAGGGUUUCGGAAUCCCACAACUCUUCCCCUCUGCAGUGGAGUCCCUCAGUGACCCAACAGCACAGAUCCAUUUACAGGAGAUGGCCAGGGAUAAGAAACAAACAGCUGCGGGGAGGUUGUAACCUUUUAGAAGCUGCGUGCAGGGAACUCGUGUCGGCAAGACGAACGCUAGUCAUGGGGGAGAAAGACAAGAUGCACUUAAAGCUCAUGUUUAACCAGCCUCCAUGCCAGCUGGUGGUGAGCGUGGGCUUUUCCUUCUUUUUUCCCGUGUGCGUGGACUCGUAAUAAACUUAUCACAACUGACCACUUGAGACAGUGGCUUCCAUGGCCUUAUUCAGUAUUUCAAUUGGACGGACUGAACCAGAAAGGACAACCUGAAGAUUGUGAGCAUCUUUACUAUGCUGCAAGCUCAACUGUUUUUUUUGCAUACAGCCAAACUGGAGCGUUACUAUAGAUCAGUAAUUUCACCAUGUUCAGUGCCACUGACAUUAAAGAACACUGUGUGGGAAUGUAAUUUCCGUUGUGUCACUUGUGAAGACUCUGGCGUUUUAUGUAGGACAUUUUCUCUUGCUCUCUUGACAAAACUUUUUCUGUCAGAACGAGCAGGGGACAUUUUGAUGGCUGGAUGGCUGAAAUGACAUCGUCAGCUGAGAACUUGAUGCAACCCACACCACCACGCUUUAAUCAACAGGUGGACUGUAGCACGUGUGGAAAAAAGACCAGGAAUAAAUGUACAAUGAUAAUGUGCUUUCUAUAGCUAAUGCUAUAGCUUUACAAUUUUGAUUCCAAUUCAACAGUGGAAUACACAUAUUUGUGAUAUUAUUGUUUUAUGUUAAUUCCUAGCUCGAUGAAUGACUUGGCACACAAUCCAACCCUGUCUACCAGAGCUUAUGUUUAUACGCAGCUAAUCUACAACAUGUUUUAAAGGAAACUUUAUGCUAAUCCGAUUAUGACUUCUGCUAACAUUCUGUUCGCAGUCAUCAUAUUUGACAAGUCGCAAAAUUUUUCAUACAGUUACAUAUCAGUAAGAUGCUCACUGAUACUGCUCGUAUUGAUCCCAACAUUAUUAAACUGUUUCUGGUUAAAGGCACUCACAGCACUUCGUUACGGUUAGGGAAAGAUCAUGGUCUUCGUCUCAAUUGACUUUCAGCAUUUGUUACAAUUUAGCUAAAAUCAUGAAGUUUCCAUAACCUUGCCUCUGUUGGCUAAACAUAACCACAGACAGGUCUCCACUGUCACUAUGCUUCUUUAUGACCACCAUCCGACCUGAACGCCUCCCUACAGUGAUGCACAUAAUGCUGCUUCUUAAUUCUAACCAGAUGGAGAUUCUCACACCGAUGCAGCUGGGUCAUCAAUUUGUUAAACAUAAUAUCUUGAAGACAGGUCUGCACAGUCAAGGACAAAUUCCUCAUGCACUCAUUUUGAAGGAACUACAAUCCCUAUUUAUUUUUUAUGUCAACAAUGGGUCACAUGGCUACCUGAAGGGGUCACCAGACGUGAUUUUAUUUGGUUUUCUGCUUAGCAAUUUAAAAAAAAUAUAAUUUUUGUUUGGGCGUUUUAACUUUAUUUGACAGUUAACGUAGAGACAGACAAAGUCCAUCUCUGGAAGUUGCGGUAACGUGAUGCAACUCGACCAGAGGGCUGUAGUCGCAGGCUGGGAUGCUGGUUCUGGCUGUUGAUGAAAAUGCAGCAGCUAAAAACCAGACAAAUAAAUUUCAUAUAAGACAUACAUUAAUAAGGCGUGCGUAUAAUGACUCCAAAUGAAUGCUGAUGUUGCUGUGUGUUUAUUUGCAAACAAUUUUGCCAUAUUAACUUAAAAGGUGAUAAUAUAUCAUAUGUCAUCGUUGUUUUUACAUCUUAUUUCUGUGGUCCCCAACUGGCCAAGAAAAAGGAGAGAAAGAAAUGAAUAAAGAAAGAAAGAAAGGAAUGUAGGUCUAAAGAUAAGUGCUUAUUAAUCUGUUUUCCCACAAAAAAACUACUUCAUGUAUCCUAACUGAGGAUACACUCAUAUAACCACCCAGUGCAUGUAUUCGAAAUGAUGUAUAGGUUAUUUUCAACCUUUUCAGUCCCCUUGACAAGUCAGCACUUUCUGAAUUAUAAUUAUUCCAAUCAACACUUUAAGCCCCAGAUAUCUCCACUUUGUAUUGGCACCUUGCUGCAGCUCAGCAGCGCUGUCAGAAUUCUCAUUACCACGGCGCAAUAAUGCAGCAAGAGGCUCUUAGAUAACAGUCGAGAGUUGUCACAGCUCUGACAACCCAUUUCUCUCCUCUGUAUGUGAAUCCCUUUAAUAUCUGGCAAUGUAUGAUGUUCCUGGAGAGAGCACGUAAUCCAAGUGAGGCCGGCUCAGGAGGUCCCCAUUGCUCAAGCUGUCAACAGAUUCACUUCAGCUGCCUCUUUCACAUAAAGCAUGUCCAGAAUCCAUACAGCAAAAAAAAGAAACGUGCACACUUUUAUGCAACAUAAUACUGAUCAGACGGCUACACAAAUCAAUAGUCUUGUUCAUCUGUCAGAAUGUUUUACAUAUUCAGUCUGUGAAGCUAUUCUUAUCGUAUUGGUUCCUGGACAAAGAUGCUGAGUUUCAGGGCAGGACUGAAUAUCAUGUUGAAGGAGACGUCAGAUAAGAAUUACAAAUAAGAGGAAAGGAAAUACCAGAGCUGUGUAUUUCUAAUAGAACAGCAGAGGUGACCUUUCCCUGCAGUAACCCACUGUCCUUGGGACAAACGUGGCUGUUAACCGCAGAUCCAGAGGGAUGGAGAGGGGCCUCUCCUUACAUCACCUCAUAGUCACAUUCUGUAAUAAAAACAAUUCAGGUUCAGGAUGUUGCCAUUGCCAAUUUUAUGAGAUUAAAAUGGAUUGUUGUGCAUUUGCAGGA